GGCGGGGCUUGAGCUGAAGCUUUAUAUUAUCCCCGCAUUUGCUCAGUGUAACCAGAGGCACAUUAUUUGAGAUUUUGGUGCGACUUACAAGACUUAUUGAAGAAAAUAUCCAAGGAAAGUCAUAUUCAGCAAAGUAUUCGAACAACCAGAUGAUGGAGCUGACAAUUAGACUGCUGGGCGGACUUGUGAAGAAUCUGGAAGUGGACGGUAAUACCACGGUUGGCGAACUCAAGCGGCUGAUUUCUCAGCACUUCGGAGAGCCUCCUAACAAACAGAAGCUGUCUGCCGAUAACGGUACCCGUAUCAGCCUUGAGGAUGAUUCUAGGACCCUCAGCAGUUACGGAUUGCACUCUGGAUCAGUGGUCAGUCUUCUCAUCACCAACCCUGGACCUUUCCAAGUGUUCGUCAAGAACUUGAGCGGCCAGAGCAAAACGUAUGAUGUUGAUGUCAACGAGACUGUAGAUCAGCUCCAGACCAAGGUCUACAACAAAGAGAGAGUCGUCAAAGAUCAACAGGGAUUGGUUUACAACGGCAAACAGCUGCAGUCUGGCAAGAAGUUGCAAGACUACAACAUCACAAAAGAAAGCACCAUUCACAUGACUGGCCGUCUGCGAGGAGGUUAAUAGGUUAGAAUGUAUGCAAAAAAAAUAAAAACAAAUAAUAAUAAAAAUGUACUGUUAUAGUUAUAUAUGUUAAAUGAUGUAAAUGCUGUAAAUAUUAUAUACCUAUAUUAUACUCAGUAUCAGAAUGUUGGGAUUUAAACCGUGAUUGAUUGAGAACAAACGACAUAAUGUCUUCAGAACAUUUUCCAUUGUAUUUAUCUGAAUUUUAAAUAACUGUAUCUUUUAUCGUCAUGAAUGAUCUUUCAAUGACUAAAAUAAUAAAUGCUCGAAUCAUUCCCAAGAAGUGUUUUGGUAUUGACUUUUUUCUAGUUCAGUGGUUCUCAAGUUUGUGAAUAAGUGAAUAAGAUUUUUUAAUUCACAAUUUCUACCCCAAAAAAAGCUUGCCAUAACUAAUAAAUGUUUAUCCUUUAUAAAAUGAAAGUGGAAUUGUAUUAAUUUACAUGACUUCCAGGUCUGUAAAUCAUACUUUUAUACUUUUAUACUUAUAUAUCCAGGUUUUCCUAAAUGAAUACCUGAUUCUUCAAAGAUAAAAAAAAAGAAAAAAAAACAACUUUAUUUUUAUCUCAUAUUAAUACUUGCAUUGCCCUAUUAAAAUCAUUUUUGAGGCCCCCUUGUUAAGAACCACCGAUUGUU